GUGACGCUUGGUUUUCACAGUUGAGUCCGGAGACGGUCGGACAGAGUGGAGAGAGUGGUGGACACGACGAGGGAAAUACGGAGUCCAGCCCUGAAGAAAACAACACGGCCCUGGGAUAAUUCUAAGCGCCACUAUUUGUGACAAAAGGUUCCCUCCGUCUCUGUUUGACCACAGGAGGUGACGAUGGCAAUGCAAAUGGGUGAGCCCAGAAGCAGUAAGAUGAAGGUGGCGGAGUGGCAGGAGUCGUACGCCGUAGACUCCGGGAUCCAGUCCGGAGCCAACACGGUCAGAGACGAGGACGGCGAGUUCACGACGACCAAGCACUACACCAUGACGACGACGGUCACUCGAGAGGAACCAGACAUCGAUGCCCAAUACACCCUGACCAGAGCGCAGCGGGUACGUGCUGCCAUGUUCCCUGAGACCCUGGAAGAGGGCACCACCAUCUUGUCCACCCAGACUGAUCCAGCCCAGAUGACCAAUGUGCAGCGGCUGGCGGAGCCUUCUCAGAUGCUGAAAACAGCCAUCAUCCAUCUGAUCAACUACCAGGAUGACGCUGAGCUGGCCACACGUGCCGUGCCAGAGCUCACCAAGCUGCUGAACGAUGAAGAUCAGGUGGUGGUCAGCAAAGCAGCUCAGAUCGUCAACCAGCUGACCAAGAAGGAGGCGUCGCGCCGUGCGCUGAUGCAGUCCCCUCAGAUGGUGGCGGCCGUGGUGCGGGCCAUGCAGAACACAGGUGACAUGGAGACGGCCAGGGCCACCGCCAGCAUCCUCCACAACCUGUCCCACCAGAGGGAGGGGCUGCUCUCCAUCUUCAAGUCUGGAGGCAUCCCAGCUCUCGUCCGCAUGUUGAGCUCUCCCAUGGAGUCCGUGCUGUUCUACGCCAUCACCACCCUGCACAACCUGCUGCUGCACCAAGAGGGGGCCAAAAUGGCGGUGCGACUGGCCGACGGCCUGCAGAAGAUGGUGCCCCUGCUGAAGAAAAGCAACCCCAAAUUCCUGGCCAUCACCACCGACUGUCUGCAGCUGCUGUCCUACGGCAACCAGGAGAGCAAGCUCAUCAUUCUUGCCAACGGCGGGCCAGAGGGUCUGGUCCACAUCAUGAGGAACUACAACUAUGAAAAGCUGCUGUGGACUACCAGCCGGGUUCUCAAAGUUCUGUCCGUGUGCCCGAGCAACAAGCCCGCCAUUGUGGAGGCUGGUGGGAUGCAGGCGCUGGGGAAACACCUGAACGGGUCCAGCCAGCGUCUGAUGCAGAACUGCUUGUGGACCCUCAGAAACUUGUCUGACGCCGCCACCAAGCAGGAGGGCAUGGACAGCCUGCUGCAGGUUCUGGUCGGCCUGCUCAGCUCGGACGACCUCAACAUGCUGACCUGCGCCACCGGCAUCCUCUCCAACCUCACGUGCAACAACGCCCACAACAAAACCUUGGUGACCCAGAGCAACGGCGUGGAGGCCCUGAUCCACGCCAUCCUGCGCGCCACCGAGAAGGAGGACGUCACCGAGCCGGCGGUGUGCGCUCUCCGCCACCUGACUUCGCGCCACCAGCAGGCUGAGCUGGCGCAGAACGCCGUGAGGAGACACUACGGCAUCCCAGCCAUCGUCAAGCUGCUGAACCAGCCGUACUGGCCUGUUAUCAAGGCCGUCGUGGGCCUGAUCAGAAACCUGGCCCUCUGCCCGGAGAACCAGGCCCCGCUGAGGGACGCUGGAGCCAUCCCCCGCCUGGUGAACCUGCUGCUCAAAGCCCACCAGGACGCCCAAAAACACGGCUCAUCCAACCAGCAGACGUACCAGGAUGGCGUGAGGAUGGAGGAGAUCGUGGAAGGCUGCACUGGAGCCCUCCACAUUCUGGCUCGAGACCCCACCAACAGAGCGGAGAUCGCCAGCAUGGAGACCAUCCCCCUCUUCGUUCAGCUUCUCUACUCGCCUGUGGACAACGUGAAGCGCGUGGCGGCCGGCGUGCUGUGCGAGCUGGCUCUGGACAAACCAUCGGCCGAGGCCAUCGACAGCGAGGGCGCGUCAGCUCCACUGAUGGAGCUCCUACACUCCAACAACGAGGGCAUCGCCACCUACGCCGCCGCCGUGCUCUUCCGCAUCUCCGAGGACAAAAACACCGACUACAAGAAGAGAGUAUCGGUGGAACUCACGCACUCUCUGUUCAGGCACGACCCGGGAGCCUGGGAGAUGGCUCACAACAGUGUCCCCAUGGACGGACCCUAUCAGGAUGCAGAGAUGGACGCCGGCUUCGCGGGUUACGGAGCGUUUGAGGGCGACAUGCGCAUGGACGGCAUGGACGGGGCCAUGAUGCAUGACGAGUACGGCGGAUCCAUGGCAUAUCCCGGCACCAUGGGCUACGACAGACAGGCUUUCAACGAGGCCUAGUCCAGGAUCAGCAAUAACAAGCGCAGAGAGAUCUGCUCUCUCUGAUGUAAAAUAUUCAACUAUGGGACUUUAGACACACAGGGCUUGUCUAUGUUUUUAUAGCAACAGAAGAUUUUUUUUUUUUUUGACAAUAACUUUUAGAUUUCAGGUAGAAACCCUUUUAAACAGCAUGCGUGUGAGAACAAGUGUGUGUGUGUGUGUGUGUGUGUUGCUUUCGGGUGGGUGAUCUAAGCCAAAGAGAUUUUAUUUUGUGAGGAUAAUCAAAUAGCAACUUACAGGAACAGUGGACCACACAGCCAGAGUCCGACGCUCCUGUCCUCCGCCUUCGGAACACACACUUUUACCGCAGUUCAACCCCAGGUGGCGACAACAGUUAACAGCUGGAUAUUUUUUUUUUCUCAUCUUUUUAUGCAUCUCAUCUUUUACUCCUGCUUUUAAAAGAAUUCGACAUUGGAAUAACUUUAACUGCCUGUUUUAUUUUAUUCUUCAUAAUCGGAUUGUUGGCAAAGAUUCUCCGAUACGUGCGGGAAGUUGUUUCGUCGAAUGUGCUAACAUAGUCGGGGUGGCCUGCUGCUGGAGAAACUACUGACAGGGAAAUUUAUCUUUCUACUUAUAGAGUUUUUACUGAAAUUUUGUUUAAUAAAAAUAAAGACUAUAUUAAACCUCA